UUUUAUUAACGGUCACAUUCUUCUCGUUCCUUAAUUAAAAAAAAAAAAAAAAAANAAAAAAACAUUCAGACACAACACAAACGCAAAUUUAGAUUCUUUGUUCUUCUUCUUCUUCUUCUUCUUCUGUUUCAAUCUAAUUUUAAUUGAUUUUUUGACUUCAUUCCCCUCACCACCACCGUGAUUAUGAUUGCCGCCGGAGCUAAAUCGCUACUAGGUCUUUCGAUUGCUUCUCCAAAAGGGCUUUCUGAUAGAAAUUCAUUGAGUAGUAAUUCAAGAUCCGUCGGUGUUGUUCGUUCUUGUGUUUCUAUGGAUGGAUCUCAAACUCUGAGUCAUAACACAAAUGGGUCUUUUCCUGAGCUCAAAUCUAUUAAUGGGAAAAAACAAGGUCCAUUGUCUACGGUUGGAAACUCGACGAACAUAAAGUGGCAUGAGUGUCCUGUUGAGAAAGUUGAUCGACAGAGAUUGCUUGAUCAGAAAGGAUGUGUGAUUUGGGUCACCGGUCUUAGUGGUUCAGGGAAGAGUACUUUGGCUUGUGCUUUGAACCAAAUGUUGUACAAAAAGGGGAAGCUUUGUUAUAUUCUUGAUGGGGAUAAUGUUAGGCAUGGCUUAAACCGUGAUCUCAGCUUUAAAGCUGAGGAUCGUGCUGAGAACAUUCGUAGAGUCGGAGAGGUUGCUAAGCUUUUUGCGGAUGCUGGAAUUAUCUGCAUUGCGAGUUUAAUAUCUCCUUACAGAACAGACAGGGAUGCUUGUCGAAAUUUACUCCCCGAGGGAGAUUUUGUUGAGGUGUUCAUGGAUGUAUCGCUUGAAGUUUGUGAGGCGAGGGAUCCUAAGGGUCUUUACAAGCUAGCUCGUGCAGGAAAGAUCAAAGGUUUUACCGGGAUCGAUGACCCUUACGAGCCACCAUUGAACUGCGAGAUUUCUCUAGGACGCGAAGGAUCAGGAACUUCUCCCAUCGAAAUGGCUGAAGUUAUCGUUGGAUACUUAGAAAACAAGGGUUAUCUUCAGGCAUAACAUACUUUAGAUGCACAACACUUUUGUUGUUCCACGGUCAUAGUUCUGUUUUAACAAGCCAAAGUAUAAAAUUAAGCAAAUCCAUGGCUGUUUUUAUGGAACCACGAGUUCUGAAAAUAAAUAUCAUAGCUGUUGUUCUUUUUUGUUCUCUUUUGUAUUUCAAAUCUUCUUGUUAUGACUCUAUGUAUAUGAUAAAUAUGAGUGAAAAUCAAGGUUAAGCCUUUUGUUUUCUUGAUGUUAAUGGAAGCUUACAUAUGUUAAGGAUGAA